CGGUACUUCGCAUGCGCGGAGCAACAAGCGUUCAUGUCGUGGCGGAAUUUUUGAUAGCGCUGAACUGAGAGCAUGGUUGGAGGCAAUUUAAGGAAACCAAUUGAAAAUGCCUCGACCGAGAAGGUUGGUGAGAGACUGCCUUCAAAGAUGCCUGCAGACUGGCUACCCUUUCCAGUUUGAACAAGAGUUCUUGGACUUCCCAAAAUGGUUGAUGGGAGACACUGUUCUUCUUGGAUGCCUGCAGAAGGGAUACCCUCUCCACUAUGAACAAGAGUUCUUGGACUUCAAAAAUGAACUCCAGGAGUGCCUAGCACAGCAGUCUACCCUCAUCAUGCGGCCAUCGACGGAAGUCUGGGAACCAGAUGAGGUUCUGAAGGAUGAGACAAGAUGGACCUUUGGGCAUCUGACAGAUUUCCAAAAUGAAACGAAUAAAGUUAAAUGAAAUUGACUUACAA